AUGACAGUUUCAUUAGUGCAAGACAAAGCCAAUGAAAUAAAGGAUCUGGGAUCUAAAUUAAUUAUCAAACAUGAAAUUCAGAUAAGAGAAUUGGCACAGCUUAUUGGAAAAAUGGUUGCAGCUUCUCCAGCUGUUCAACAUGCACCUUUACGAUACAGAAAUCUUGAAAUUUUCAAAGAUAAUAUGUUACGACACAACAGAGGAGAUUUUGACAAAAAGAUUCUUUUGACUGUUGAAUCUAUUAAAGACAUUUCAUGGUGGUGUGACAAUAUUUGCACAAGUUCAAAGGCCAUUCUGAUUCCUACUGUAGACAUUAUUUUAGAAACAGAUAGUUCUCAAAAAGGAUGGGGAGGUUGUGAAAUAAAGUCUGGUAAGAAGACUGGUGGAAAUUGGUCCUAUGAAGAGAAGCUUAAUCACAUUAACUAUCUAGAACUGAAAGCUGUUUUCCUCAGUAUUAAAACAUUUUGUAGCACUUUAGAAAACACACACAUACAAGUUAGAUUGGACAACAUGGUGGCUAUGCAUUAUAUAAACAACAUGGGGGGCAGAAUUCCUGAACUCAACUUGUUAGCGAGGGACAUCUGGUUUUGGUGUAUAGCAAGGAACAUAUGGAUAAGUGCCUCUCAUAUUCCUGGCAUUGACAAUGUAGAAGCAGAUAGACUGUCACGUACUAUUAAUGAUGAUUUAGAGUGGAAACUUAAUGAGACUGUUUUUCACAAGAUUUGUCAAAUAUUUAAUUUAAAAGAUGGAAUGGACUUGUUUGCAUCCAGAUUAAAUCAUCAACUUGAAAGAUAUGUGUCUUUUCUCCCAGACCCUGAAGCCAUUUGUGUUGAUGCAUUUUCUUUUCCUUGGAAAAAUGACAGUUUUUAUAUUUUUCCUCCUUUCAGUAUGCUGGGAAAAGUAUUACAGAAAAUUCAACAGGACAAAACAAAUGCAGUAGUAAUAGCACCACUGUGGCCCACACAAGCCUGGUUUCCAGCACUCCUGAAAAUGGUUUAUCAACAACCUUACCUUCUGAACAACAAAAACCUCCUCACAAUGCCAACAGACCCAAACAGACAACACAGGAUUCCAAAGCUGAAGAUGGGAUGUUUUCCGUUGUCCGGAAACUUCUCCAAGACAGAGGAAUAUCAGAAGACCUUGCCUUGGUCAUCUUCAACUCCUGGAAGAAAUCUUCUCAAAGACAAUACUGGAGUUAUAUCAAACGAUGGCUGCGAUUUUGUGAUACUGGGAAAAUUGAUUCAUUUAAUCCCACUGUAA